AUGAUUGAGAGCCAGGCGAGUGGCUUUGCCCAAGACGUGCGCAUUAUUCAUCAAGCCGCUUCACGGCGAACGUUCUUGAUAGCGGCCCUUCGAGGUAGUCAGCUGGUCGUAGAGUUCGUCGUCCUUCUACUCACAGGAUAUAGGGCGUCUGCAUUUCAAGGCGACUGGUACCACACCUUGAGUUCAGAAUCGCACAUGUUACAUGACCGGAAUCUCGACACCUCCCAACCAUCCAACAGAGGAAGAGCUCAGCGCACUACGAAAUUCGAUGCUUGGAAAGCUCUUUUCUCGGCUAAUGUGUUCAAACGCUUCAACACAAUUGGUGUUUGGAUUAUGAUUUUUCAACAAUGCACAGGUAUCAACGCUGUUUUCUACUACGCUCCUCAAAUCCUCUAUACAUUCGGCUUCACAUCCGUAACCACCGAUCUUCUUGCCACAGGUGUGACGGGCGUCCUGCAGACAUAUUCGCCCUCCCAGCAGUCCUUCCCCUUGACAACUACGGCCGCAAAACAUUCCUCAUCACAGGAGCAAGGAGUCUCAAUAGUAGCUUCUACGAACUGGAUGUUUAAUUUCCUCAUUGGAUUGACGGUGAAAGAUAUGCUCGCUAGUAUGAAAUGCGGGACGUAUAUUUUCUUUGUGGCGUUUUGUGGGAUAGGAGGGGUGUUUGUCUGGAUCGUGGUGCCGGAAACGAAGAAUAAGACGUUGGAGGAAUUGGAUGUUUUCUUUAGAGGUGAUAAGGAGGGGAUUGCGGUGAAGGAUAGAGAGAGUAUGAGAGCUGUCAAGGCUAAGGUUGGACUGGCAGGGGUGGAGAAUUUGGAGGAUUUGAAGGGUGGUGAUGAGAAGGCUGCUGAGCAUCAGGAGAUGAUUGUGUAA